CGCCUUUUUUCCUUCCUUUUCUCUUCUUCCUCUGUUUCUCCUCAAAAACCUAAGAUGGGGUUGAUUCUCAAGAUUGGAGGGAAGGGAAAGAAGAAGAAAAGAACUUUACGCACACAGCUGGGCGUUUUAAAGCCCCUUCCUUCACCGACGGAAGCCAUUGUGGUUUUUUGUCGUUGUUGUGGGAGAGAGAGAGCGCAAGGGCAAGCCGGAGUGGUACUGGCGGGUGUGGGCUAAGUGGGCAAACAUCAGCCUUCAUGGUCCUCUCCCUUUGCCGGUUCCCUUAGCACCGGAUUUUUGCCUGCGCAAACUGUGCAAGAGCGAAAAAAAAUACACGAGUCAUACUUCAGGAUCUGCGUUGCUGGGAAAAAGAGAGCCCACUGGCAGAUAGUAUAAAUGACCGAAAUUAUCCUCCAUAGGAACUCAGUUCCCUUUCCUUAUUGUUAUCCUUGCUUUUUCCCCAUUGAAAAUAAAAGAAGUCAACAUGGACAGUGCAGCCCGAUCAAGCAAUGUCAAAGAAACUCUUGACAUUUUGUUGGAAAUGGCGACCAUGUUGGACACUGGUUUGGAUCGCGACACGUUGGCCCUGUGCGUGUCAAUGUGCGAGAGAGGUGUUAAUCCAGAAGCCUUGGCGGACGUGAUCAAAGAGCUACGGAAACAAAAGGAGGCACAGACGCUGUUGUAGGAAAGAAGCUCAAGAAACAUGAGGACGAGGAAACGAUAUCUGAAGAGGCGGUUACACUAUCUUACCACUAAAUAGAAACCAAGAAAUGGUAGCCAUGCCAUGCUGUAUCUCUUUAUUAUACCCUGCUAUCUUUUCAACAGCAUUAAAUGUCCUACUGUCAUUAUCAGCAUCCGGUCAAAUAUGUUUCCCAAUUAAAUGCCACUGUCAAUCUUGUCCACAGGCCGGUGCCAAGCGCAUAAGCCCAGAAUAACAUUAGUAUAAAUAAUCAUUGUCCCUCGCAUCAGCGACGAUGAAGCCUGUCGAUGGUCCUCGCAGCUCGAAU